UUUUUCUUCGCUUCACGUUCUUCUUCUUUCUCUUUCGUUGCUCUAUCUGUGACUCAUCAACACUAUUCCCCUCCCUUCUCAGUUCUCACGCAAAGAAAAAUCUCUCUCUCUCUCUCUCUCUCUCUAGCUUGUGGUACUGCUGGAAAUUUGGCAGUAGUGCUACUAGCUACUUGUCACUAGGAUCGAAGAUGGCUUCCUAUCAGAUGGAGUGGUCUCAAUCUCGGAAUCUGAGUGUAAGAAGUCCAGAUGCACUGUGUAGUGUGGCAGAAAUUGACGAAUUUGAUUUCUCAAAAGCAUUAGUAGAGAGGCCAAGGUCGUUGAACAUAGAGAGGCAGAGAUCAGCAGAUGAAAGAUCAAUGAGUGAACUAUCUGUAGGGUUUUCUCCACGUCCGUCCUCAACUAAAAAUGAUAACUCUUCUCGCGCAGGAGACACUUUUGAUUCUGCUUUUUCUCCUCUACAAAAAUCAGGCAUCCCAAGAUCACUCAUAUUGGAUCCACAUCCAAUAAUAAAUGAAGGAUGGGAAGCUCUGAGGCGUUCCUUGGUCUAUUUUCGCGGCCAGCCGGUUGGUACAAUUGCUGCCUUGGACAAUUCUGAUGAGAAACUAAAUUAUGAUCAGGUCUUUGUUAGGGACUUUGUCCCGAGUGCUCUGGCUUUUCUGAUGCACGGGGAACCAGACAUUGUUAAGAAUUUCAUCUUGAAGACACUUCGUCUUCAGUCAUGGGAGAAGAAGAUUGAUAGGUUCCAGCUAGCAGAAGGGGUGAUGCCAGCUAGUUUUAAAGUAUUCCAUGACCCUGUCAGGAACCAUGAGACUCUCAUAGCGGAUUUCGGAGAGAGUGCAAUAGGCAGGGUUGCUCCUGUUGAUUCUGGAUUUUGGUGGAUUAUAUUACUUCGUGCAUACACAAAGGCUACAGGAGACUCUUCCUUGGCUGAACGUCCUGAAUGUCAAAAGGGUAUGCGCUUGAUUCUCAGUUUAUGUCUUUCGGAGGGGUUUGACACAUUUCCAACUCUGCUAUGUGCUGAUGGAUGCUGUAUGAUUGAUCGUAGAAUGGGUGUUUAUGGUUAUCCCAUUGAAAUUCAAGCACUAUUCUUCAUGGCUUUAAGAUGUGCAUUGCAAUUACUUAAGCAAGAUCCUGAAGGGAAAGAGUUCAUGGAACGCAUUGUAAAACGCUUGCAUGCCUUAAGCUAUCAUCUUAGAAGCUACUUUUGGUUGGAUUUGAAGCAACUUAAUGAUGUCUAUCGCUUCAAAACAGAAGAGUACUCGCAUACCGCAGUGAAUAAGUUCAAUGUGAUUCCUGAUUCUCUACCAGAUUGGGUUUUUGACUUCAUGCCUCAUCAUGGUGGAUACUUCAUUGGCAAUGUGAGUCCAGCUAGGAUGGAUUUCCGAUGGUUCUGCCUUGGAAACUGCAUUGCCAUAUUGUCCUGCUUGGCAACUCCGGAGCAAUCCGUUGCGAUCAUGGAUCUCAUUGAAUCACGGUGGCAGGAAUUGGUUGGGGAGAUGCCUGUCAAAGUUUGUUAUCCAGCCAUUGAAAGCCAUGAAUGGAAGAUCAUAACAGGAUGCGACCCAAAGAAUACUAGAUGGAGUUACCACAAUGGUGGAUCUUGGCCAGUUCUUUUGUGGCUUCUCGCCGCAGCCUCCAUCAAAACAGGGCGACCUCAAAUCGCAAGACACGCCCUUGAGAUUGCGGAGACCAGGUUGCUGAAGGACAAUUGGCCGGAAUAUUAUGAUGGGACACAAGGUAGAUACAUUGGGAAGCAAGCUCGCAAAUGUCAAACAUGGUCCAUUGCUGGCUACUUGGUGGCUAGGAUGAUGCUGGAUGACCCAUCCCAUUUGGGUAUCGUUGCAUUGGAAGAAGACAAACAUCUAAAGCCUUUGCUCAAGAGAUCAAAUUCUUGGAACUUGUGAACUCUUUCUUGUCUUUGAUUGAUCAAUUUUGUCCACCUUAUGAUAGAGACUAAGACCGACAUGAUGCUCAGUAAUCCUUGUUUACCGUAUAUGUAGUUAGACGCAAUAGUCAGUUAGUUACAAGUUAAAUUGAGAGUAAGCUGAUGAACAUGGAAUGUAACUUCGUCAU